AUGACUUCGAGAGACGGUUACCAAUGGACAGAGAAGUCUGGUCUCAUUAAAGGUGUACCAAGUUUGGGAGUCAUUCAACCACCUACCAAUAUCAAAGAUGAGCAGGCGGUCUACGACGUUAUUGUCAUCGGAGCAGGUUAUUGCGGGCUCACAGCAGCCAGAGACGCUGCACUGUCAGGACUCAAAGUGCUGUUGCUUGAGGCUCGUGACCGCAUCGGUGGGCGAAGUUGGUCUUCCAAUAUUGAGGGCUACCCAUUCGAAAUGGGCGGUACGUGGGUCUCCUGGGGGCAACCGCACGUGUGGAGAGAGAUCUCUCGGUACGAGAUGCGCGAUCAGCUAGAGAUCUCGCAUGAUUACUCUAGGGGAGUCAACUAUUUCUCGCUCAACUCCAGCAGCAGUAGUCGCAAUAUGAGCCAUGACGAUGAGGACAAACUCAUGGAGUCUGCACUGAAGAAGUUCGCCAACGUCGACGGUCAAUAUGGCAGGAUUAUCAUGCCCUUCCCGCACAGCGAGAGUCACAACCCAGAAGCAGCAAAGUUUGACAAGAUGUCCGUCGCCGACCGCAUGGCGCAAAUCAAAGACGAUCUCUCACCCGACGAACAUACCGCUUUACUUGGAUUUGUCCUGCUUUGCAGCUGCAGCACCCCCGAGAAGACCAGUUUCUACGAGUACCUGCACUGGUGGGCUCUGUGUAACUACUCGUAUGAGUACUGCAUUGAGUACCUCAUCAAGUACAAGUUCAAAGGGGGCCAAUCCAGUUUCGCUAUCAAUUUUUUCAGAGAGGCUCGAGCGACGGGAAACCUAUCAUACGCCUUCAACACACCGGUCGCCACAGUCAAAGACAAUGAGAGCGACGUCGAAGUGACCGCAAGAGAUGGAAAGACAUACAAAGCGGCGAGGUUGAUAUCAGCCAUUCCCAUGAACAUUUUGAAAGACGUCACUUUCAGCCCACCCCUGAUCGUCGGCAAGCUAGAGGCCUCGCAGACCUCGCAUGUCAACAAGUGUGUGAAAGUACACGCCGAAGUGCGCGACCGAAACCUGAGAUCCUGGAGUGGGAUCACAUAUCCCAACAACAGCUUGAUGUAUGCUAUUGGUGAUGGCACCACACCCAGCGGAAACACCCACAUCGUUGCUUUCGGCGGCUCUCACAAUCAACUGCAACCAGAGAAGGAUAUCAACAAGACUUUGAGCGCACUUCAAGCUAUGACUCCUAUGGAUAUUGAGAGAGUGGUGUUCCAUAACUGGGCCGACGAUGAAUUUGCAAGAGGCGCUUGGUUCUUCUCCCCGCCAGGACUUGUGACGAAGCAUUUGCAAGAACUUAGAGCUCCCCAGGGCAAUAUCUACUUUGCAAACUCGGAUUGGGCUGUAGGUUGGAGAAGCUUCAUUGAUGGCGCCAUCGAGGAGGGCACCCGGGCUGCUUUCGCAGUAAAGAAAGACCUCGAUAGAACACGAUCAUCACAUCUUUAG